AUUUAUAUUUUAAAUCAAACAAUAAACUUGUAAUCCACAAAUCAGUUGACUUAAGGGCACAUUCAUGUGACUUUUGACGGAAAGGAUAAGUUAUUUUAGAGUGCAACAUCUUGCAUCGAGUUGAUAGCCUAAAUAUAUGUACACCCAAAAAAAAGCAAACAUCUUCUAUCACAUUCAAGAGCCAUAAUGGCUCUUGAUCACAGUAGAUUAGGCCUCGAAAACAAAUUCUUGGAAAACAAAUCAGGCCGCAUUUUUUUGCGUUCGACAGGUUUACUUUACAAAUUCUUGCCAACAAAUCUGAGGGUGUGUAAACCAACUUUUUAUACUUUUUAUACAUCACAUCUGAGGUGAAAUAGUACUUUUUAUCAUACAGACCUCGGACAGAAUACGGCAUUUCACAAUUUUUCAAUGUUCAGGAUGAUCAAAUCGUGGGCUUUUAGCGAAACCGUUCAAAAAAUUUCCAAACUCACUCAUACGGCCAGCCGGUUCUCAUUUUUAGUGCGAGCUGUCAGUGUGGUCAAGUGUUUGAAUGAACUUAAUGGAGAUACGCUUCAACAUAAUAACGAAUUUAUUAUCAUUAUUUUUUGUUAUUUAAUGGUUCCAGUUAUAACGAUGUGUAAUCUUAUAAAGCGUUUGAUACGCGCGACAUUUCUAAGUACUCCUGCAAGCGAUGUUCAUGAACGAUGAAAACAAACACCACAGACAAGCGAUUAAAAUUGCAAGAGAGACUACUAACAAUCAAUAAGAGAAAUAUAAUUCGGUAAAACAUUUACAGAGACAACAAUUUUCAUUCACGAAGUACAAGUAUUAAAGUGUCUCUAAAAAUCCUGAGUGUUUACGCUUAAAGCUUAAGCUUAAGUUUAUUUUGUUUUACUUUCAGCCGGCCUCCCGGUGUUUGUUUUUUUUCAAUGAACUCUUCGAAACUAGAAAAUCACUCAAAGUUUUCUUUCUACAGCCAAAUUUAUAACUAAAUAUUCUUCGGAACGUUUUUUUUUCUAUUUGCCGUGAGAAAAUAUAUCUGAAGGCUAUUUAAAGUUCUGUAAGCUUAUAUCAAACCUGAUACUAGAUCAGAUCAUUGACUCAAAUCUCAACAAACGUGCAAAAACUUGCCGCAUAAACUGUGCUCGACUUCAUGAAAUUAGAUAUAGCAAAAACAAACAUCAAAUACAAUAAUUACUCAGGCUUACCAUUCGAGAUUCAGUUCCUGAAAGAUAUCAAGGAAGGCCAUAGUUGCUUGAGACUUUUAAACCCUCUUACGCAUUGAGCAAGGUGAAAGACGAAAACGAUGCCAUCCGAAAUCGGAUUACUCAAUUUUGACAAGCGACGCAUUUCUCAACCAAAAACCCAAUAAACAAACCAGCCAUGGAUAACAGAAGACUCUUGAUAGCAGCUGUAUUUCAUUUUGUACAUCCAGUGGAAAAAGAUUUAGAAAGUUAAAAACAUCACAAGUUGACACAAAACUCUGUCAGCUUUCGCUGUCAAAGUAAACAACUUUCAAGAUGCUGCAUAAAUUUUCCGCGUGAACUCACCUGUCACAUUUUGACCAAUCAGAGUACAAAAAUUGGACGUAGAGCGUGACCAACGCGUGACCAUGGUAAGAAAAGGUCUUCCCCGCCUUUAUUUUUAAAAAAGUGGCUGAAUUUUCGAGUCCAAGGUCAGUUUGAAAUCAAAAUCUUGACAGUGUGGGGCCAUAGUGACAUAAACACAACAUAUUUCAUAUGAAUCAUUGGAAAAAAUAGACUUGAGCCUGCGAUCAUUUGAAACUGGUAAUUUGUCAGCGGAUAACUUCAAAAAAGUACUCGACCUCGAUGGGUCGACACUUGAGCCCGCGGUACGGUCAGGUGAUACUGGUCAGCGGAUAUCCUGUUUUGACAGCUGUCAAUUGAUCACAAUAUUGAUGUGCAAUUAGUUUUCUAUUGGGCUCCCAAACUAGCUAGAAAGUGUGAGAGUAAACAUUGGUUCCCCUGUGGUGCGGACGGACGGUCGGGCGUACGGUCACGUGAUUACCAAAUUUUCUCGGAUGGGUAGAUUACCACAUUUCCUUAGCUAUGGGACUCCGUCCACGCGCGCACUUCGCGCGCGGGUGGAGCUCCGCUAUUAACUCUUCAUAUGAUCAAACUGAUAUCUGUUAUCAAACUGUUGUUGCUGUUGUUGUUACAUUGUUUGUCUGUUUUCAGUCAUGACAAUUGCAAUUAGUUUUCUAUUGGGCUCCCAAACUAGCUAGAAAGUGUGAGAGUAAACAUUGGUUCCCCUGUGGUGCGGACGGACGGUCGGGCGUACGGUCACGUGAUUACCAAAUUUUCUCGGAUGGGUAGAUUACCACAUUUCCUUAGCUAUGGGGCUCCGUCCACGCGCGCGCUUCGCGCACGGGUGGAGCUCCGCUAUUAACUCUUCAUAUGAUCAAACUGAUAUCUGUUAUCAAACUGUUGUUGCUGUUGUUGUUACAUUGUUUGUCUGUUUUCAGUCAUGACUACCCAGGAAAAGUUUAGCAAAGAACCAGUUUUAGAAUAAUUCAUGAGUAUUUUCUUUAAAUGUAAAUAGAGACCUUUAGAUUCUAGGACGAGAAUGGCUACGAGUGCGAGAUUUCACUGAAAUUUUUUUUCGCGUAUUCUAGCUGCAUUGUACAUCUUUUUCACCAAAAAUAUUAGCACUGUUAUCUUUAUUGAUUGAGGUUAAGCUAUCUCCCAGCUGCAAAAUAAUACAACCUAUAACACUUUAUAACUUGUGCCCGCUAACACGAACAUUCUCGCUAAAACUCGUAGUGAAUGACGACGACUAUCACGCCAAAAUGACGCUGGUUCACACGCCCGCUUACUAGUCAGUUUUGAGGAAAUCUCGUACUCAUAGUCGUACUCGUCUUGGAAUCUAAAGGUUUCUAAUAAGAGGUUUUUAUACAACGAAGAUUAAGUAUUUUAUUCCUAAUCCAUCUGAUUUAUUCAAAUUGCUAAAGUUUCCCUACAACUAACUCCCUAUAAAGUCAGUUGUCACUUCGCAUCAAUUGAAUUCAAAAAAAAAUAAUUAAGAAUAUAUUUAGGCAUUAAAACUGUUUCCUGUCGUCUGUUGCUGCGGAUGGCAAGGAUAAACGUGGAUUAAAACUUGAAACCUCUUCACGUUUUACUGCUAUGCCUGCAAAAAUAACCAAAACAGUUUUAUGGUUAUAGCUCUUUAUUUAAAAUUAUUUGAUAUCUUCUUCAUGAGCGUAAUAGAAAAGGCACUCAGUAAUGACUUCAGCACGCAAUUUGAUUUGAUUCUGGUCAAUUCAAAUGUUCUGGCAAUAUUCUCGUGACAUAGCUCUUUUAAGUACGCAGUGUCUUUUAGUCCUAUCUGGCUGUUUCAAAUCCCAGAUUCCUUUGACUAAUGUCAUCCCCGCAUAACAGAUUCUUUUGAAGAAGAUGAAACUCAGCUGAAGACAGACGCUUUCAAAAAGUACAGUGAUGAAAAACCAGACUUGCCCUCCCUUGAUCUUUCAGAUGUAAACUUUCCCAAAGAAGGUAAGAGUCCGCUUCGUUACGUGAAAUGUAGAUUUGUUGGAGAAUGGUACUCCGUCAUAACUACCUAA